AUGAAGACUGUAUCAUGCCCCAUCUUUGACGGUCAUGACUAUCCCAAGUGGAAGGCCAUGAUGAAGAAGUGUCUCACGGCGAUGAACAGCGAGCUAUGGACCGUCACUGAGAUUGGUCUUACCGAUCUAUGCAAGAUGGCGGAGGAUGAUAUAUUCGCAAGUCAUCGAACUCGUCAUGAUCCCUGGUUUGAGGAUUUCAAGGAAUCGCUCAGGGCGAUGACUUUUGAUCUAGAAUCAUCAUCCUCUGCACCAUGCUUAUGGCAAAAGGUGCCAAGAAAGCAAGAUCUUGAGAAGCUAAGGGAGAGUUAUGAAGAUCUUCAGAAGGAACGUGAUUCAUUGCUUGCUCAGCAGAUCAGUGCUGCUCAGGAAGAAUUCAUUCCACCAUGUUUGAAAUGCAUUGAACGUGAAUCUGCUAAUUCUUCACCUGAAAGUUCAAAUGCUUCUAUUGCUGCAAAUUCUUCAACUUUCUCUGCUAUCACUAAUUCCUCAUCUGAGGAUGCUACUAGUAUCACUAACAAUGCAGGGCUGAAGGAAUUGUAUAUGACAGGCAUGCACAAAAGCCUCAAAGGGCAUCAGGCUCUUUGUGAUGUGCUUAAAAAGCAGAUCCUCAACAGGCACCCUAGGAAAGAGGGUAUUGCCUUUGAGAGGAAACUCAAUGCUGAUGGGACCUACUGGAAACCUGAGCAGUAUCCCAAAUCCUCAUGGGUUGCUACAAAAGGACCUCCAGUAGAUCCAUCCACUUUAUCUGGCUUUACAUGUGAAUCUUCAUAUUCUUCUGAUGAGUCAUUUGACUCCAACUAUAAACUAUUCAAAAAUCAAAAUGGUGAAGUAUUUGCUAGAUAUGUUGGCACUAACUGCAGGAACGGUCCCCCUAUGGAGAAAAUCUGGGUUCCCAAAAGGUGCCUUGAAAGUCUUCAGGUGAAUGUCAUCAUGACACCACCUGUGAAGAAUAGGAACCCCAGAUCAAAUUCUUCAUAUGGACGAAAGUCUUCAUAUGAAUCCAAGUCCUCAUAUGGACCACGUUCCUCACGUGGAUCAAAUUCCUCAUAUGGAUCAAAGUCCUCAUAUGAACAUCAUCGUGCUAACACUUCUGUUUCGCAGGGAAAGACUAAGGGUUAUGAAUAUGUGCAUUAUUCUUCAAAUCAUUAUGUUCAUAAGUCCUCAAAGAAUUUCUCUGCUUAUUCAUAUGUUUACCCUAACCCCUCUUAUGUGAAACAAAGUGGACUGGCAUCUAUGCCACCUUUCUCUUAUGGAUUUCGCAGAAUGAUGAACUCUUUGCCACCCCUCCAGAUGUGGGUGGUCAUGGGAGAAAUGAUGUUGCAAAUGCUUGCGAGGGGGUUAAUCAUAAGUAGGAGGUUUGUUCAAAUUCACGGUGAAGGUGGGGCGGGAGUCAUCCGGUUUAAAAGGAGAGGCUCCAACGAGAAAUGUUCUGCUAUGACGAGAAAGCAGGAAGGGGAGAGUCUGGCGAGAAAAGGAAAGAGAAAAAUACUGCCCACGUUCUCCGCCAAGGAAAAGUUACCUCACGUCCACGAAGGGAGGGGCAGUUCACGUUCGCCCGUGAUUCCGACGGUUUCCUCCCCCUUCACCGGUCGUUCCAGGGGCGUAAGGGUGGGGAACCUGGAUCUUGUCUAUGUUGUUUAUGAGGUGUGGCCGUGUGGGGGGAAGUGCGCCGGUGGAACUGGCAUAGGAGUUUAUGGAUCUUUGUUUUCGGAUGCGGCAUCGGCGAUCUCUUCUCCAGGGCUAUGGUCCGGAAGGAUUGGUGCUUCGAUGGCUUCCCGUCAGCGACAACAACUAAGGGUAUUGUCCGGAAAAGAGAAGCACUAUACCAUCCAACAACUACUGAAGCAAAGGAGCAAGCCCAGCCCAGCCCCGCCUCCAUGCUCACCUGAGCAAUCCCGCACACCCCCAUCCGCCAUGGCCUCCUGCAAGCUCCUGACCACCGCCGUGAGCUCCUCCAUCCGGCGCUUCUACCGCCUCGCCUCCUCCCCCCUCCUCCCGCCGCCCGCCUCCCGCCGCCUCCCGGUGCCACUCCUCUCCGCACGCUUCUGCUCCGCCGCCGCCGCCGCCACCGCGCCGUUGGACGCCGCCUACUCGGCCGUCGCCGUCGCCACAGCAGCCGCCCCCGCGCCCGUGGACGCGGCCUCCUCCGCCGUCGCCGCCGUCUCCGAGGGCCACCCGUGGCCGGAGUGGGCCGACUUCCUCGAGAAGCUGCGGGCCAAGGGGUACUUCGUGCGGCCCCCUCUCGCCUCCGGCGCCCCCGUGGGCGAGGAGGUGGCCGCGGAUGCCGUGGGCAAGCCCGACUACCCCUUCAGGGACCAGAACAGGGUGAAGAACGCGUGCCUCAAUUUCGCGCGCGAGCGCUUUGAUCUUCUCAGCUCUCUUCCCAAGAAGGAUAUCCAAGCUAUUGUCGAGUGUGGUUGUCCUAAUAUCUUCCGAAAGGCUGUCAGUUCUGCAAAAAGGCUGAGAGAAUUUGUGCAGGUUGACGAAGGAGAUGCAUGCAGUGUUUGCAAAUUACGUGGAUCUUGUGAUAAGGCUUAUGUCAUUCCAAAAGCUGAGGAAGCAGCUCGUACCGUUGAUGUCGUGCGCAUACUGCUAACUUAUGCAAUAGAUCCAGCCACCCUAUCUGGAGAAAAUUCUGUUGGUGGGGGUGUGCAAGAAUCUGCAAGGAAGCUUCUCUCAGAUCUGACUAUGCUUUGUGACACAACAAUUGAUCCAUCUCUUCCUAAACCUGUAAUUCACACUUAUAGCAAGCAGGAUUCAUCAACCAAACCUGACAAGGGCAAACAAUCAUCUAGGGUAUCAGCUGGAAAGGGUAGAGAAACAGCUGUGACUGAAAUGAAGAAGGGCGACUGGCUUUGCCCGAAGUGCGCUUUUAUGAACUUUUCUCGCAACAAGAUGUGUUUUAAAUGUGAAGGACAACGGCCAAAGAGGCAGCUCAACCCUGGAGAGUGGGAAUGCCCCUCAUGUGAUUUUGUGAACUUCCGCCGGAACCAGGAGUGUAAAAAGUGCAGCCACGACCGCCCCGAAGACGAUACCCAGGAUAAUAAGCUCGGAUACGAUGUGUGGAGGAACACCAAGGGAGCUGGCAAGGAUAGAAGCUUUGACUCUGUUCAUCAGGGAGACGACGACGGCAAUGAAGAGGGGUUGCCAUACAAGGGGGAGGAGCGCAGGCAUGUAGCGAGCAGAAGGGCGUCACCAGCCCGGAGGGAGUUCACGGGCAAGAGUAGGAACCAUGGCGACGAAGACAAUGCCUUGCCAUACGAGGGGGGAGACAGGCGUGUGUCAAGCAGAAGGGCCUCACCAGCCCGGAAGGGAUUCGCGAAGAACGACGAUGGCAAUGAGGAUGUUGAAUUCGAUGUCUCGCCAUAUGAUGGGGAGCGCAAGCAUGGAUCGAGCAGAAGGGCGGCGCCAGGUCGGAGGGGAUUCACCAAGGAUGAAGACGACGUGUUGCCGUACGAAGGGGCGCGCAAGCAUGUGGUAAGCAGAAGGGCAACCCCAUCCCAGAGGAGAUUCACUGCUGCGAGAGGAGAAUAGGCAGUAGCUAUACACCAUUGAUGCUUUUUCUUGUAGCAGAUAUGAUACUCCUGGAUCGCGUAAAUUUUAGCUGAGCACAUGUCACGAAAUAAUACCGAUUUUGGCAAAUUACUUCCCUUCUUGGAAUUUAGAAACGAUAUUGACA